GCCGUAAUCGCGGUAUUGUGCGUCCUUUAACCGGAUGUUGUCAUAUUUCGUUAAUCUUAAGAUAGUUGACCAAAAUGGCAGGCCGUUUGAUGUUAUGCUUAAGAAAGCAAAAAAGAUUAUUUCCAAAAUCAUUUGUAGGAGGCACCGGAGCUCUGAUAUUCUGGUUGUCAAUAGUUUCCUUGGUGAUGAUCGGGUUUUUCCGGCACCAGUGCUCGGGCGCCUCCUACUUGCUGCCCCUGGUGAUGGUUCCGACCAGUGUGAUGGGAAUGUUCUCGGGGGUCUUCCUCUGGGUGUUCGUGGGAUUCCUCUGGGACAACGACAUUAAGGACUUCAUGAAGUUUAUGGCCGGGUUCUCGGUUGUUGUCACAUUUAUUCUGGAGUUUGUAUCUUUUGGCUUCGCUAUGUGGAAGCUAGGGGACCCGAACUGUUCCAACCCCUUCUACGGAUACUCCAUUGGAAUGCCCCUCACCCAGGGGAUACUCUUCAUCCUCAUCUUCGUCGUUUACGGUGUCCACAGAUGCAGGGAACCAAAAACAAGGCCUAUAGAUUAAGGCGACAGUGUACACAUAAGGUAUCAGUAAAUGAAUUUGAGUUUCGUUUUCUGCGCAAGAACUUGUCCUGUUGUAUACAGUUUGAUGUUGCUAUCCAAGAAUUUUAGAGGAAUGAUUUAUAGCAUCACAGGCAGACCGUCAAUGGAGCAUCAACAUUAGCAUAAUUUAUUCUCGAUCUGUGCAUUUAAACAAGUAGUAUUUUGAUAUCAAACUUUAUAUCUUCUAUAGUCCAUAUCGCAAUUGUUGUAACAAAAUACUAAACAUUUUUUUCUGAAUGAUAUUUUUGGUUUGAUUACGUUUUUAUUUUUAAAAACAUCAAACGUGAUACUCGAUAUUUUUGCAGAAGGAGCUGUUUGUUUGAUGUUUGUUUGCUGUCGUCGUUGUUGUUUGUUUUUAUUUGUUUAUUAUAUCAAAUGUACAUACUUAAUCAUAUCAGUAUAUAUCAUACACUGUAAUAUCACAACAUCCUUAUCAGCAUCCGUGUACUACUUAGCAGCAAGUCAAAAUAAAUAUAAUCAAACACUGUCCACAGCUGAUAAUGGCUUGAUAUGGAAGGAUGAUGGGGUUUAUUAUUUUUAUAUGUGAUAUACAAAGUCAAAAUAGUUUACAAAGUAUGUGAUAAAUGAGCAACACCACUGUAUGUAUUACAUGUGUACACUAAAACAGUUUUACAUGUUCGUUAAAAAUGUAUGCAACGUGCCAACGAGAGAUAUUAAUAUAAGUUGUAGAACUUGUUUAUCAAUCGUUGUAAAAUAAGUAAAGUUCAGGUUAGAUCAUGUGCAAAGUCACAAACAAGGAAUAAUUAUUUUUAAAAUAUACCGAUAUGAACUAGUCUGGUGGUUUUUUUAGACCCUUUCAUAUCUCAUUGUAUUAUUUUGUGCUGUGCAUUGGUUUGACUGAAUAAACAAAGAUUAUGUAUGCCAAAUUUGUUUAUCUAUUUGUACAGUAUGUGUACUGAGGAGUACUGUAAAUACCCUUGAGUAGUGCAGAUUAUAUUUUACCAUUGAUUGAGUUAUUGUAUAUAUACCUUUGCUAAGUAGUUUAUUUUUUCAUUUUUUGAAUGCCAAUCUGGUACACAGGUAAUUGUAUAAUCCUGGUGUCCGGAGUAGGUAUUUACAUAAAUGGAUUGCGUAUUUCUUGUUCAACAAAAACUUGUACUGUCAGUGUUUUCAAUUUAAUGCGCAAAAACUUCUGAAAGCCAGUACAUUGUAUGUAUCGGAAUAAACAGAGGAGUAAUAAUUUAGCCGUCAUUAUAUAAAUACAUAUACAUGCAUGUUCAUCAGUUUUUGGGUUUAUGUUUGGCCAACACUUUUAGGUCCUAUUUUAUCCUGAAAAAUCAU